AUAAUUUUAUAGUGAUAACAACAAACACUGGGUAUACAGUAUAUAAAGUAACGUUUGGCUUAUGGUAUGCGUGUGUAGGAGAGUAGAAAUCAGGAGAAUCUCCAGGAACGUUAAUACGUUCGCCCAAAGGUUUUGAAUCCUAAACUCGUGUUCCAGGCUCCAGGCUCCAGGCGCGAUCCCGAGAGUAGGAAGUAAACGGGCGCGCAUUCAAACGGGGCGUUUGGACGCGCUCGUCGGCGUUCGGCAAUCUUCGCGUGACGUCCGCCCCACUCCAUCGCGCCCCCUCUACUCGCCGCGCUUGUACUAGUGCGCGCAGUAGUGGGGACGCGAGCGGCAGGCUCAAUUGUCGGUGGACCGUCGCAACGUGCGGACAGACGAGAGCGCGUUCGAGCACAGGGAUUACGAGUGUGUGCCUCGGCUACCGCGAUUCCGGUACGUGCACCCCAAACAACGGAAACGGCGGCGCGUGCACGCGGACCCCAGGUCCGUUACGAAGAGAGUUCGAAAGUGUCCUCGUGCGUGUGCAUGCGACAACUUGAAGCGCGUGAACGCGGAGCCUGCGCUCGGACGAUCCGUAUUUCGUGCUACAUUCGACUCGGCCGAUCUCGCCUGUUCGCAUCCUGAAAUGUACGUUACAGUGUUUGUUACGCGCGACAGCGACGCGAUAUUCCGCGCUCCGUAUCGUUGACGGAAACGAGCGCGCCCGCGCGCGCGCGCGCUCGCUCGCGUCCACUGCGAUCGCGAUCGAAGAUCGACUGUGAGAGAGAGAAGGACGACUUAGGGAAGAAUAACAAAGGCACUCUCUCGUGACGCUAUCAGUGUGUGUGCACCAGAUCUGCCUGGAUUUUGUGCUACGUGUUCAACGACUCCUCCUGGAGCUUCGGAGUUCUUUUUUGUGUGAUCGCCGACGGAACCCCCCUGGCACCAACGGCCAUGACCGCGGACAGCCUGUUCGAGACUACCAGCAUCCCGGGGCAUCUCGCUCCCACGCCCGAGAGACUGGAGAGACUUCUCUCGAAACAGACCCUCGAGGAGCUCUACGAGGUCGAGGAACAGCCUUUCGCACGAGGUAAAUACGCAACGGUGAGGAGAUGCCGCGAGAGAUCCAGCGGCAGGCAGUGGGCCGCCAAGUUUCUGAGGAAGCGACGGCGGGCUCAGGAGCUCAGAGCGGAAGCGCUUCACGAGGUCGCCGUGCUGGAUGCCGCGGCCCAUUGUUCUCGUCUCGUCUCCCUUCAUCAGGUCUUUGAGACCAACACCGAGAUGGUGCUCGUCCUCGAGCUGGCUCCUGGCGGCGAGUUACAAAUGAUACUCGACCGGGACGAAGUUCCAGAGGAACGACAGGUCGCCAGAUUGCUGAAGCAGAUUUUGGACGGGAUAGCCUUUCUGCAUUCCCUGAACGUGGCUCACCUCGACAUCAAGCCGCAGAACUUGGUACUUACUGGAGAAUUUCCGGACUGCGACGUAAAGCUAUGCGACUUCGGCAUAUCGCGGUACAUCAGUCAUGGAGCGGAUAUACGAGAGAUUUUGGGCACGCCCGACUAUGUCGCCCCGGAGGUUCUGAAUUACGAACCGAUCAGCCUGGCGACCGACAUGUGGUCCGUUGGCGUGCUGCUCUACGUGCUGCUAACGGGAUGCUCGCCAUUCGGCGGGGACACCAAGCAAGAGACCUUCUGCAACAUCAGCCGAUGUCGCCUGGACUUCCCCGACGAUCUCUUCGAGGACGUCUCCGAGGAGGCGCGCGAUCUCAUGCGCAAACUCAUGGUUAAGGACCCAAACGAACGUCUGACGGUGACCGAAUGUCUCCAACAUCCCUGGUUCAACAUGUUCGAGCAGCCGUUGGCGUCCCCGACGACGUGUCCCUCGUCAGACGAUAGUCCCGCGGACAUCCUCGACUCCUCGACGACGACGAAUCCUCCGCAGGAGGAUAACACCUCGUCGAAACUGCCGAUUGCCAAUCAAGGUCAGGCCUUGUCCACACCGAAGAGCGACGGUGAGAAGCAGCAACGGUCGUCCACGACCAGUCUAUGCCACAGUGCAGAGAUUUCCAAACCGGCGGCGGGCACUCGCGCCAUCUCCUCCCACACGGAGAACCUGUACUCGGCCUCGAGAUCAUUGUCCAAGCCCAUCAGAUUCGGGCUGAGCCCGGACCGCAGGGAUACCUUCAAGAGGAACAUGGACUCGCUGGCGCGAAAGUUCUCCGGUAGCGUUGUACCGGAGAUCGUGAUCAUCGAACCGUCACCGUCCAACGGCGGCGGAGGCGUUCAACAACGUCGCGCCACUGCCACGCACACGAUGCCGGCCGGCAGUGGCGAGGUGUUCAAGUGUACGCCCGUGUUCAUCCUCGGUGAGGCCGAGCAGCAGUGCAGCGACAGCGGUAGCGACACCGUGUCCGAGAUCUCGACCGACAGCUCGAGCGAUCGCAGCAGCAUCUACUCGGACGACUCCCUCGAUUUUAUUCUGUACGGUAAGAGUCAGGGUAGAGCGAGCUUUCCGUUCACCGCCGCCGACGCGACCGCCGACAGGUGGGAACAGAGGUAUCAUCAUCAUCGUACCGCCAGAGUGUGGCCGCGCGAGUGUAGCGGCGUCGUCAGCAAAGCGCUCAGCCGCUUCACGUCGGAGACCUCGUCCGGCGCGACGAAGAUCGCGAAGAUCCCGAUGACGACGUCGACGGCGACGGCGUUGCGCGGUGGCGGUGGCGGUUGCGGUAACAGCAAGGCCGGUCUCGAGGCGCUUCGCGAGCGGGGCGGUAACCUAGUGGUCAUUAGGGAACCUGUACGCGCUGGCCGAUAUACCAGGUACAGCGAGGUACAGUGCGAGUCGGUACAGGCGCGGAUUCGGCGGUUUCAGGUGCACGAGGCCUCGUAAGACACGUCCAGCUGUGCGCCGCCAGGUGUCGGCGUUGAAUUAUAUUCGCGCGCAGGUGGACGUACGUCUCCGACCUUCUCGAGGAGCUGCCGAGAGAGAUCGAGAGUUGGAAAGUCGCGAGGCGAUUGUACAUAUCGUAAAGUAUCUCACACGUGUACAGUGACGCGAAGAGUAGGCGGGAGGUUUUUUUUCGAGCAACGAGGUGUGCCCGAGGGAACGAAGGAUUAGGUGGGACGAGACGAGCAAAGUUCCUCGAGAUUUGCGAAGGCUGUGACGUCAGAGAAGAUUCUUAGGAUGGUUCAGGAUUGCACCUCUUUCUAUAAGAGUAUAGGACUAUGAGCUUUGUGAAAAAUAUAUUCGGAUUCCUUUGAUCGUUGCGGGGUAGGAUAGCAAGAUCGAGAGCGACAUCAAAAUCACAUGCGACAGUUGUAAGAAAAAGAGAAACUAUUUCUGAAUUUAUUUUUCGUGAGGCGCAUAAUGCUGUGAUAGCGUUAGGGAAAUGCAAAAUGGUAGCAUGAGGUAUACAGCGUAUUCUUAUUUCUUCUUUACUUUUGCGAGGAAACUCGAUGCAACGAUAGAGAUGAAAACAUUCGAAAAACAACUCGAUCAGGAGAGUCUGCGAAGCGGCAUCCUGUAACUCGAUACAUGUAAUAUUAAGCAGUAUUUCGCAGCGAGCAAAGAAAAAAAAAGUUGCGCGUAGCAACCUUGCACCAAGCCUGAUCUCCAGAAUCCUCGAACAGCCUCUCGAAGCCCCUGUCCCGACUUUCGCCGGACUUCUCGGGAACCCGAGACCGAUUGUAAAGAGCGUGCGCACGGCUAUGCGAGUCGUGCAACGUAGCCGCGUGCGAAGCGUGUCGCGCGCGGAAUCCUACGUGUACGACGCCUAUCUACAUACAUAUACGCGUGCCUUCGCGAAGGUGCCGAACGAGAGAUCGUAGCUUGUAUCAUAUCAAAGCGAACAAACGACUGUUGUAAAUACAGGUGAGAGAGCAUGUGAAUGCGUAUACACGUGUGUAUGGAUGCGUGCGUGCGUGCAUGCGUGUGUUGACUCUUCGUGGAAGCGAGCGGCUUCGAAGAGGGUGGUCUUGAUGUACAUAUUCGAGAAAUCAGAGAAGGUACGAGUGAUAGAAGAGCGAGUCGCGAGUGUGUGUGUGGCUUGCGAGAAAGUGCCUGCGGUUGCGGUUACGACGCGCCGAUUACAUAGGGGUGGUCUCGCGCUGGGGUGGCGACGGCGGAAAUCCGAGGGAAAAGAUUAUACGGAGUCAUCGCAUCAACACUGGACUCUGGACUAUGAGUGGAACGCGUUCCGCCGCAGACGAGGAUAGUCAGUCCAUUAUGAAUCGAUGGCCACUCUCUGACAAUCCCGACGGAUCCCGCCGUCACUGUCCGAUGAUGUGUAUACAGAGGUGAAGGACGCGUUCGAAAUCGAGACGUUGAACGACAAAAUAGCGCUCUUAGGCUGCCGUUAUCGAUAGACUGACCUUUCGAGCUGCAUCGCGUGUGCAUGCACCGAGCCGCGGCGCGUUGCAGGUUUGCUCAAAAUGACGUUAUAGUUUCGCUUAACUUUUGAUUUUUGACACGUUUGCUACGAGAGAAUUUUAAUGAAUUAGAAAUUUUCAUCUUAAUAAGACCUAUGUUUUCUUAACAAUCUAUCAGUGACUUUAUAUAUUCUUCACAGAAUGUUAGAUUAAUACGCUCUAUUUAUCAAUAAAGGAUAUACACAUUUUUCGCGUUAUCAACAGAUUCUUUCUUCAACAAUAAGAACGUUUCCCUCGUUAGAGUAUUACGUAGAAAUAAUACUUUAGAGUCUAUCGUUAUUUGAUAUCCAUGAAAAAUAUGCAAUGACUUCAAAGUCACCCGAAUUGUCUUGUAACAAACGGACACUUUCGUGUAUCAAUAAAUUGAUAAAAGUUACGCUUUAUUGUCAAUCCCGCAUUUGUUUCGAAAACACCUGUCGGAAUUCGAAUGAUCGAUUCUUGACAUAAGUAGAAAAGGAAAUUCUGCAACGCCAGCGAUAGUAUCUCGAUGCGUCGCACGCGAUUCCGUCGGAACGAAUCGCCAUAUCAAUCGGUCGUCGGGCUAAACCCAACGAUCGACAGCGACAAUCCAGUUAAAUACAUUUCGGUGCCUUCCUUAAGGGAAAUCACGAUGCGUGUGCGCUAACACGGCGUACGUCGCCAGUGCCUAUGUUUUUACUUGUCCGGUACGCGCGGCAAGGCUUUCCGAGUCACGAGACUGUGAUGCACUCAGCAGGGAGAGAAUGUACGUCUGAAAUGUUAAGAAGAGUGCCUUAAUUGCGCGCGGUUUCACGAGGGAUCAAAAUUGAGAGCCUAGAUGAGCCGUUUAGGUGUCUCUAAUUCUAGUUAGUUGGACCGGAAUACCUCGGCGGAGGAGAUGAACAAUGCAGGGCCGAGUCCUUCAGAUAUCAGUGAACUUGUACCAUCGAAAACUCUUAGUUCUCUUAUGCACGUUAGGAAGAAGGAACCACUUUUCUAUAGGCCGUAUGUAUCACGUAUAUACAUUUUCCCUGUUAAAUAUCUUUCUCAAUCGUGCCGUUGAUCUUCCGGGAAUCAGAUGAAAAAAAAUCAACAUGGUGAACCAUGAAAAAUAAAACAAAAUAAUAAAAUGGGAUUGAACUCUUCAAUCUUUUAUUAAAGCAAAAAGAAAAUAAAAGGUUAUAGGAAUUUAUAUCUUGCUGAAAUAUGUCACACCCCAUCUAGUUCCACCGAAAGUUAAACAUUGCUUUAUGAGUCAACAUCUUCUCUUCUUCCGUUACUUCAAAAUUCUUCGUUAUUUGUAAAAGAAAAGGAGAGAAAAAAAAAGAAGGCCGACCUCGUCUGCUCUCCGAGGCUCUCGUGGACGCGCAAAUCAAAAUUGUACAUAUGCAAACUUAUUUAUCCAUGGAAUUCAUCAUCGUGCGCAAAUUGAAACGCGCGAGUCGUUCGCUCGCUCGCUCGUUCGCUCGCUCGCGUAGCGCAACGAAUGCUAGUCAUAAACACGUUCCGUCCUCUUUCUCACGCUCGCUCCCCCUUUUUUCGCGCCUCUAAUUUUCGUUCAUUUCGCCGCGGACACACGCUCGUUGGCGAGACACUAACGAGCGACCUGUGUCUUCGCGUCGUGCGAGACAAGAAAGAAAGAAAGAAAGAAGAGCGGACGAGAGAGCGCUGCAAAAAUGACGGACUUGGUCGGCGAGCCUCGGCUUCCGAGCGGCACGAGAGGCUCGUCCAACCGUGAAUCUGUAUAUCUCUUUGCACGGGAUCCGCGAGAACGUGGAAUUUUCCCCAGAAAAUAUAUACAUAACUAGUAUCUCGAUGCGACGAAAUUUUUAGCAACACUCCCGAAUUUCUUUCUGCAUUGCUCGCGAUCGCGAUUAUACGGUUUUUUGUAGUUCUCUUCGAGCGCACUUUUGAUACGUUGACUAUUUCGAGGGCUUCUACUCAUUUAGACUAUGAAAAUGUCAAAUUUUGCCUUAAAUCUUAAUUCACUGGGGAUGUGAAAGCAGCACCUCCCUUAGAGUAUCUCGCGAAGCGAAAAUGUUGUGAUGUUUAGUCUUCUCUUCGAUCAUCGAUUGCUUCGAAUCGUCAUGCGCGGAAUCGAGCAGAGGCCCAAACACUUUCACCUUUCGACCUCGUGGACCGAGGCGACUAUUCGCCCGAUAAAAGCCUUUCAGAUCACGGUGGUCUCUUGAUCGAUACGAAAGCCACCGAAGGUUCGUUAACAUCAUCGGAUCUGUAAAGUAUAAUAUGACGCAGCGGACGCACACGCGGACAAGCCGCGUACACGCACAAUUCUAACGCGUGCAUUUCCUCUCGAGACGCAUGUGCGCGCGUAUAUAUGUCGGGGGAUGUGAUCCCUCCUGGUUUUAGGAUGCGUCUCCGAGAAUCAAAGAGCGGAAGAGACCUGUAAAAUACAAUUUUGCUACGAUGGGCGAGGGCGGCGCGAUCCGGGAGAGUCGGUUUGGCUUCUCUCGCGGUGAAUUCGCGGUUAUUUAUUUUCUUCUUUGUGAUAUAUAUCAUUAGUCAGAAUUAAUCCGUUUUCGCUUCAUUUCUUCGCGUUAAUUGAGACCCGCGGAGAAACGCGUCGGCUCUCGCCUUCCGUGCGACUCGGACGCGCCGCACUGCCCGAUAUAUUCUCUAUUAUUAUUAUUAUUAUUAUUAUUAUUAUUAUUAUUAUAUUAUAUUCAAUAGAAUUAUUAUAUAUUAUUAUAUUAUAUUAUGCUAUUAUUAUUACACUAUUAAUAAUUAAAUGCGAAGAUUGCGAUCGCGCAUGUAGCUGCUAAAAACCUUCUGUAAAUACUUCUGUCAUUGUAUUAAUUUUAAUAAUACAGUACGAAAUAAACGCAACAAAUACGUUCAAAA